AUGGCUCUCAUGAACAACUUCCUCAUCUUAGUUGUCGGUUUUCUUCUGUGUUAUACACAGCUCUGCAAUGCGGCGGCUGUCAGAUUCUCGAAUGAGAAUAUGCAACCCAGCACUCUAUCUACCAGCAACGAUAAUAACAACAACAUCAUCAACGCCGCGCACGCGAUAGAUCCAAGAGCAGAAAUAAACCGGCCCCCAACUCACAAUGAAGAGAACCACGCACCCGAGAGAGGAUCACUCGAAACCCGAGCAAACAUCAUGCCCGACGUGGCCCGGAUCCUGCCCUUUUUGAAUGCAUUCGGAAAUAUUGGCUAUUCGGGUCAUAAGGAGGGUGGAAAGCCGCCUGUUCCUGAGUGA